UUUUUUUCCCCACCAGCAGGUGCCGUCCUGAUACUAUUCUCAACAUGGUAGUGCGUGGAUUGUGUUGUUCGUUGAAUCCCCGAAGGGAGAGAGAAGUCAUAGAGCUUCUGAGCCCGCUCCUUCACUACGUAAUCAGCAUUAGGAAUUUGUUUCCCCUACCAUUCAGUACCUUCCAAAAAAAAAAAAAAAUCAUUACACGUAGACAGAUGGGCGCAUCUAAAGGUUUUACUCUUCAGUGCGAUUCCUCUCGCAAAGCUCUUUGUUGUUAGCACACACACCGCUACAGGCUUAAUCACGAAACAAAGCAGCGAUUCCUUCCCUCAGUUCAGCGGCACAUACAGACAAAGGAAGGCUGUUUCGCUCUUUACUCCCCUUCCAGAACGUGCCUUCGCCUUCUGUGCCUCUUUGGCCCCGCGUUUGCGCAUUUACACCUGAUGCCCGAAGGAAGAGACUCGGGACAUUGCCACGCAAAUGGUGGGUUUCUCGACAGUUUCGGUCUUUGAAACAGGAACUUCCCCUCAAUGCUAUUUACCUCUGCCCCUUCAGAACGUGUUACAUGAAGAGCCCCGCCGCUCCUCGGCUGCCUGCCUCGCUGGACACUCGGGCGUCACCAGGCUUGAGAAUGACUCACAGGGCGGCACAGCCGAGGUUUCCCUUCAUUCCUUGCAGCAGCGGCCUCGACAAUGGCUGGGAAAAGCCCCUUGAGUCGGUCUCAUCCCCCAGGGGGCUUGGUCCCGCCCAGCCACCUCGCAGGAGUAGCUCUCAACCAGCCUCCAUGCUUUGCCCGAUCACUUCUAGCCAGGUGUCCCUGAGCACGUGCCCCCUCCUGCGCGCCCCACCCGCUUGGCGGGUGACUGUGUCGGGACCGGGUUGGGCCGGGGCGAGGAGUCACGUGCGCGGUUGCCUGAACCUGCCCUCUCUGGCUGGGGCAAAGGCUUGGCUGGGCCCAGGCUUUGCGGUUCCUUGUAUUGCCGUUCCCGUCCCCCUUCUUUUGUUACUCAUUUGAAGGAGCAGCAAAGCGACCACCUGCGAGGAGCAUGCGCCCAACGCAGGAGACUCUUUAGUGAAAUUCCAGGAAAUGGAUCAGGGCUACUUGAAUCAUCUGCCAUGAACUACUUUAAUGGGGUUAUUUUAUUGAGGAGAUCCCCCAAUAAGCUUGGAGAAACUGGCAGCUACUUUUUUUGAACUUGGAACUUGCUAUGGAACAAAGUGCCAGUCAGGAAGGAGCCCCGCCAGAGAAUCAUGAAGACAGCAAAGGCAGCGCAAGACCCUUAUCUAGUGGAGCUGUCUCUGUCAAGGAAGAAAUAAAGAAACAUGCUGUUACAGAUGACUACAAAAUCUCUAAGCAGGUGCUGGGCUUAGGCAUCAAUGGCAAAGUAUUGGAAUGCUUUCACAAGGAGAAAGGACAGAAAUGUGCUUUAAAGCUCUUGUAUGACAGUCCAAAAGCACGGCAGGAGGUGGAUUAUCACUGGCGGGCUUCAGGCUGUCCCCACAUUGUCCACAUCCUGGAUGUUUAUGAAAAUAUACACCAUGGGAAGAGAUGUCUCCUAAUCAUCAUGGAAUGCAUGGAAGGAGGAGAGCUGUUCAGCAGGAUCCAAGAGCGUGGAGACCAAGCUUUCACAGAAAAAGAGGCCUCUGAAAUAGUGAGAGACAUUGGAACAGCCAUCCAACAUCUACAUGCAAUGAACAUUGCCCAUAGAGAUGUUAAGCCAGAAAACCUGCUAUAUACAUCCAAAGGAAAGGAUGCAGUGCUCAAACUUACAGACUUUGGGUUUGCCAAAGAGACAACAAUACAGAAUGCACUGCAGACCCCUUGUUAUACGCCCUAUUAUGUAGCCCCAGAAGUUCUUGGUCCUGAGAAGUAUGAUAAAUCCUGUGACAUGUGGUCUCUUGGUGUCAUCAUGUACAUUCUUUUGUGUGGGUUCCCUCCCUUCUAUUCCAACACCGGCCAAGCCAUCUCCCCAGGAAUGAAGAGAAGAAUUCGAAUGGGACAGUAUGGAUUUCCAAAUCCUGAAUGGUCAGAAGUAUCUGAUGAAGCUAAGCAGCUAAUUCGUCUGUUGUUGAAGACGGAUCCAACUGAGCGGAUGACAAUUUCUCAGUUUAUGAAUCACCCUUGGAUUAAUCAAUCCAUGGUGGUGCCCCCAACCCCUCUUCACACUGCUCGGGUCCUACAAGAGGAUAAAGAUCACUGGGAUGAAGUGAAGGAGGAGAUGACUAGUGCUCUGGCUACCAUGAGGGUGGACUAUGACCAGGUAAAAAUCAAAGAUUUGAAAACAUCUAACAACCGUCUCCUCAACAAACGACGCAAGAAACAGAAACAAGGAGGCACCUCUUCAUCAUCUCCUGGAUGCAAUAACCAAUAAAGAGAAGAACAUAAUAUCAGAAGGAACAAUUAGUCCAACUGACUUCAGCUCAUUUUACUACCAAAAAAAAAAAGGAAUAAAUCACUGGAAUAGUGAAGUGCGCCUGUGCUAAAAGAGUUGAUGAACUGUGGCAUACAACAUAUGAUGUUCUGAAACUUCUAGUUGGGUAUUGGGUUGUUUUUGUUUGUUUUUCAAAAUGGAUUUUACUUGUUUUUUACAUUAUAGUAAAGAGAGUUCUGUAAGAGUUCCAGAAGACCACAGAAUUCCAGUGAAGCUUUAGAUUAGUAUAUGGCACUAGAAGCAAUGCAAAUUUAGUGCUUAUUCACAACAGCACAAUCUUGCCAAGGCUAAUCACUUUUUUAGUUCCAUAGAUUUCAGUGGAAGAGAAUUAAACAUGUAUUUAGUUCAUUAUCCAAUUGAAUUAGGUGGAAUAUAGAACUGCUUAACUUUGGCUGGGUUAUGUUCCAUGUAUUUCAGCAACGAGGGACUACUUUUUCCCAUGAUAUAAUUCUGAGUAUCAGAGAGGUCAGAGUAUUUCAAGAGCUCUGACAACAGCACACUGACAAUUGUGAGGAAUAUAAGGUCUUUUACAUCUCCCUGUGUUAUCUUAGUACAUUUUCAUAUUCCAACAAAC